CUAAACCCACAACUGUAAAAUAUGCAGUAAAGCAUGCUUGUUAUACUCAGUGUGGAACCUAAGGGGUUAAUCCUCUGCAUUGUGUAAAAAGGAUGCUUGAUGCAGACUUCUCUGAUUCUCUCCUUAUUCCACUGUCUCCCUCUUAUCUCCUGAUAAGACAUAGUGUUGAGACACUCUGCACAUGCUCAAUUUGGUGUGUAUUGCUAGAAAGUUCUUUUUUUUCUUGGGAGAGUGCAUGUGAUCAGCACAGGGCCAUCCAUCACUGUCCAGACAAAGGUCAGGGGUUCUGCAUUUUCCUAAAGAAAACUCCUCCUACAAGCUUUAACCAGUGCUCUGAUGGACACUGACAGAAAUGAGAAAAGGUAUUUAGCAGUUUAUAUUUAAUAAAUGAAU